AUGUCGAGCGAAGACUACUCCAACAUUCCCACCCCCGAAGCCGCCUACGCAGACUUCUGCCUCAUCCCCGUCGGCACAGGCAGCGUCUCCGUCGCCAACGAGGUCGCCCAGGUCCAGCGCCUGCUCAAGGCGAGCGGGCUAAAGUACACCAUGCACUCGGCCGGCACCACCGUCGAGGGAAGCUGGGACGACGUCUUCCGCGUCAUCGGACAAGCGCACUCUCUCGUCCACCAGAGCGGCGUCGUGCGGAUCCAGUCUUCGAUGCGCGUCGGCUCGAGAACGGACAAGAAGCAGUCUGCCGCCGACAAGGUGGCGCGGGUGGAGGGCAUCCUGGCGCAAGACAAGUAA